AUGGCUUUCCUGGUUCAUGGGGAAAGAUUUAGUAGCGAGAAAAACCUUGGGAUUUUCCUUCCGAGAUCGAUAUUAGUUGGACUGGUAAGUCUAUUUGCGGCUGCAAAUGUGCUUUUUUACUGUACAGAAAUACGAUUCAUAGGUAGAAAACAGUCAAAGGAGCUUUUAUUUUAUAUAUUUAUUUAGCGAAAAACGCUGUGGCUAUAUUUUUUAUAUGCCCGGCAGAUCCAGCGAGUGAUCUAGAGGCACUGUAUUUUUUUUGGGCUAAACGGAUAUGUGUCAGGAGAAUAUGAUUCGCUAACUGCUCUCACGCGAUGUUUAUAUUUAAAGAUUAAAGUUCCUAAAAUUUCAACCUAAACGGGCUUUUCGAGGAAGGUUCAAAUACACACAAUUUAAAUGGACAUCAAUACUCUGUGCGAAGUAAAUGUUUGAAAAAAAUUAGAUUCAUUUUUGUUCGAGUGAUUGAAGACGGGCUCAAAAUAACCUGCUAGUCAUUUGCAUUUCAUGAACAAAAAACUUUGAGAUGUAAAAAAGUGGUCAGGAGGUGAAAAUUUCAAUAUUUAUGGUAGAUAUUUUGACGACAACGAUUGCAAAAAAGAACUGAAAGAGAAGGAUAAUGUAAUUUACGGUGAAUGUAAGCUCUGACUGCAAUUUUGGGCGCACUUGGGUGGCAUUAAAUAACGUUGAUUAUGCACACAUUAUUGUCUUGGAACAGAAUUUCAACUGAACUACAUCUGCUUUUUUAAAUAUUCAUAUUUUACCACUCUUCCUUUAUACUGCGCGACGAACCCAAGCAAAAUCAAGUGACUAAUUUUUCGAACCUGCGUAAGUGGGAACCAACUAUGCAUGAUAUAGUCUGCUACACAGCCGUUUUUAGUGUCGGUACGCAACGUUCCUCGAGCGUUGCGUGACGACACUAAAAACGGCUGUGUAACAGACUAUCCAUGACAUAACCUGCAGUGCAGGCGUAUUUUGGGUGGGCGAAACCUUGUUCGUGUUCGUAAUGUUGUCAGUAGCCGCCAUCAUUGAUUUUAUGACAGUGGAAGAUUGGGGAUAGUAGAAAUAUUAACCCUUGUGACUCGCCCCAUUUCCUUCUCUCUUCGGGAAGUUUCGACAUCGCGCUUUCGCGAGCAAAUUGCGCGCUCAAAGAAAACGCCUGCACUGCAGGCUAUCCAUGACACUGACUGGCUAAAAAAAAAAAAAAAAGUAAUUUUACUUUUUCGCCCACCGCGAGUGGCUCUGAGGAAAGAAGGACGACCGCUCGUGGUGUAAUUCGACGAUUUUUAUCGCAACAAAGCACAACAUUGUUUUGAAUGGUUGCGAUGUUGGUUUAACCUGCACUGACGCUGGGUUGCGCUAAAAAUCGUCGCGGUGAAUCCUCUCGUGUAAGAUUACGUUUAGUCUCCUACGCAGCGGUUCUUAGGGAUCGAUAGUAUCUCGGCCGGCUUGGUUUUGUCAUUUGCCGAUUUCAAUGUAUGCCCAGAUGUGAUCUGUGGCGCAGGCUACAAAAGCCCUAAAGUAACCUUGACCUUCAUUUGCGUUCGUUUGCUUAUCAUUUUUAUCAGGUUCAUCUAUGACUUUGUAAAAUUUUUUCCUUGUUUUUCCCUAUCAAGACGAUAUAUCCUCUCAAAAUAUUAUAAAGACUGCGAUAAACUAUCGAAACUGUAGCAUGCGAGCGGUAUAUUUGCGGGGCACGAGAGUGCUACCCGCGGUACAUGUUUCCUAUUCACAUUGAAGUCAUUAAAGAAAACCAAACUCAGCGCUCAUAACGGAUUGACGCGUCUCUCUGGAACGGAGAGGGUUAGCCUACGAGCUACUGUAGCUCUCCAUUUGAAGCCACACGCAAUUGAAAUUCUCUUAAUGGACAGAGAUCCACACGGGCGCUCUCACUAGAGGGUGAAAAUUAUUUUGGUCGUCUCCCUUGUUCGACAUGCCUUGCUGUGGUUUUAAACUCGGCUGGUUACGAGCUCAAUUGGUUGAGUAACACACGGAAUGCCCAGUUUAAUUCCAGGCUGGACCAAUUCGCUGCCUUCACUCUGACAUCUUCGAGGUUCUGGUCUUCUUGGCACAUAACUGAAGUUGAAAACCCCUUGGCCCCUUCUUGUAACGUAACACUCUAGUGCAUGUGUACCUCUAGCAGUUACCACCCCUACUUUCUAUCUUUCAUGGGUUGUGGGAGGGGAGGGCACCUUGCUUGAGACCUAUAAUUCCUGUUAGUGCCUAUCCCCUCUGGGCGGGUCAGUGCCCAGUAAAGUUUGUAAAAUUAGUAAAAACAACCGGUCCUGGGUAGCUGGAAAAACAAGUUGAUGACCUGCAUGACCUUUUCAUGCCGGCAAACUGGGUGAUAUGUCUGAAAAAGCUUUGGAAGAGCGUAAAAUUUCUCUGCCAAGGGAGAGUUAGGGCAAUUCUAUAUUCUAUGGCUGCUUUUUCGCAGAUAGCUAGCGAAACCAGCCAUGAACAGUCGAGUCCAAGUCUCCCAGAAAGGAGAUUCAGAACAUGAAACUACCAGAUGGCGUCCUGAUAGCUGCUGGUCUUGGCUGGUGUGUGCUGCUUCUGGAAUAUCGCUUGUUAUUGCCUCGGGGAUUGGUUACAGCUUUGGACUUCUGCUGCCAGUUUUGGUAGAACACUUUGACACAACUCGGCAAGCGGCAGGUAACCCCACUGGGGUACUCCGGUGUUAAAGUGACGGGGAUGAUCGACAGAUUUUUGCCAGGGAUAUAGUUAAGGAAAAGCUAAGCUGGCUUGUUUUAUCAGUCAAGCCGGCUUUUUCUUUCACAAGUGUACCUUUAAAACUCAUCCAUGUCUUUGUUUUCCAAAGAAAUUUUGAACCGGUGGUAGCUCUUUUUCAGCCGUUGAAAUUAGUUGGCAGCCUGCUCUUAGCAGCAUCCCUGUUUGUGGGUUCAAAAUUUUCGAUUCCGGGAUUUUUUCUGGGGUAGGAAAAUUUGGCAAGUAUUUUUUUGGGGAAGCCUUGAUUUAAGUACGUAUGUUUCUGAAGAUUGGUGUGGCACCGCUUGCUGUUCGAAUAGUUAAGGGGUCAAGGUUGUAGAAUAUGGGCAAAGGAUAUUUUGGGGAUUAAUGUUUGGUCCAGGGAUGUGUUUGGGUUUCCUUAGUAGCCAUAGGGAUUAAUUAUUUGGGUUUUUAUUAUAGGUUUUGGUUUUGCCCUCUUUCGAUCAUUCCCUUUACUUUAACACCGGUGUACCCCCCUGGGUAGGUAACAGCAAUCAUCGAAACAAAAUCCAAACGAAGGUAGGAGCCAUGCUGGGAAAACCCUGCAAUAUACCGAGCGACAAAUUCUUUUAACGAACAAUUAUGGAAGAAUAUAUACAAAAUUUUGGGAUGUGAUAGCAAAUGCAGGUAUCUUUUUUGGUAUUCGCAUAUUUAUAUCAUAUUACCGUAAUGGACGGGUUUCAAUAGUUUUGUACCCAGGCUCUGUAAUAUGUCGAUGCUGGGGCGACCCUAGACAGCUAGCUGGAGAAUGUAAAGGGUUAUUGAAAUGAAAUUUGACAGUACCUCUCAGUGUUAUUAUUUAUUUUAUAUCAUUGAAUUCUUCACAAUGAAAUUUGUACGGUCCCUGAUGGACCUUGCCCGGCAAUAGCGAUGAAAUAGUUUUAAUGGCGACACCUGAUCUCUUAACCACAACCGUGUACAUUAAAACGCAAGAGUCAAAAAUAGGUGUUCAAUUUGUAGAAAACUUUUAAGGAGAUUUUUACUUUGAUGCGGAGGUAAAUGGAAAAAAUAAAACUAGAAGAGCAUAUUUCACGACCUAACCUUACCGUAGAUGGAUUUUUAGGACAAAAAAAAUGUUGAAAUUUUGCCGGUGCAGAUACCUUAAGAGAAUUUUUCGGAAUUGAAAUGUACUAACUGUGACAGAGAGCCUGUUCACAGACUAGAACAUUUUAUGCAGUUCUCGGAGUAUUGUUUUAAAAAGCAUAUGUAAUUCUUGCGCAAACAUUAGCAAAUCACAUGAUUGAUUCCAAGGUCAAUUUUGAAAACCGGAAGGGACUCUGUGGGUUUUUUUUUUCUUCAAAGAAAAAGGGAUUGUAAGUUCAGAGGGAUGCUGCCUUGUAAAAAAAGGCGGGGGUGUAUCGUCGGUGAAUUGAUCUUUAAUAAACCCUUCUAAUGGAUGCCAGUCUGGUUAGAUUUCAUAUGUAAUUGGAUUAGCCUAUCAACACUGUAUUUUCCUCACGCACAUCCAUGACGUACUCGCAUGGGUACAAAAUAUCGACGUCCCAUCCUGAUCACCUAAGUGAUGCCAACAUCUACAAUUUGCACAUGGCAUGGGAGUCUGCAUAGGGAGUAAAGUUCCCGUAAAUCAAAAAAUUGAUAUAAGCUGUGCAAUUGAUCCUGAUCAUUAUGGCAGAUAGUUUUCAGUAGCCGCGUUCACCGCUUUUCCCCAUAUUUAACAGUUUGACCUGUGAAUGUCGUUGAGGUGUCUCGAAUAACGGACGUGUUGACCUUUUUGGUGCAGCCUGCAUGGCAGGUGCAAAAAAGGCCUGCCAGGCAGGGUUUGUUUGGUAAUAAAAUUGAACGAUGGCGAAUUUUGAACCAAUUAAUCAUCGUCAUCAUCAUCAUCAUCAUCAUCAUCAUCGUCACCAUCAUCCAUAUCAUCAUUAUCAUCGUCAUCAUCAUCAUUUAUCAACACCACCUGGCAUAUAUCUUGAACCAAGUCACAACCGAAUGAAGGUUCUACCGAUUUCAAAAACGAAUUCAAACUAGUGGGACGUUCUAUGAAGUAAAAGCGAGGUUUGUGACUGAAAAACUCGAAAUUAGCCUUCCACCUAAACUAUCUAUCGCACUGACAGCGAUCUGCAGGGAGUAAAGAGAGAGGGUGAUCACGUAAAAAACCUGGCUCACUGGCAGACUGGAGGGUUAUGUGCGAAUAGCGUACAAUUUUAAUUUGCGAAGGCCUUUCUUCCAAAUUCAGCAACAUUUAACAUACUUUACGUUGAAGUUUUUGUAUUAAUUUUCCGUUUUAGUCUUAUUUCGAUUGUUGGCUUUCUUGUUACUCUUUUUUUUAAUGAUAGUGUUAUUUUUGUUGUGUUUCAGCAUGGAUUGGUUCACUCAGUAUGGCCUUUGGCUAUUUCACAUGUCCUCUCGGUUCCUAUAUCAACGAUCGCUUCAGCUACAGAUUCACCGCCUUGCUGGGCUCAUCAUUUGGAAUAAUCGGCUUCCUUCUUGCAUCAGUUUCUUCCCGACUAUGGAUGAUGUACCCCACAUUUAGCCUCAUAUCUGGGUGUGGUCAUCGCGCAGUCUACAACUCCUCUAUUCUGGUGGUCCUGCAAUACUUUGUCAGACGCCGUUCGUUAGCUGUUGGGAUCAUUACGUCGGCAACGGCUGUUGGCAUGCUUGGAAUAACUCAAUUCACCCAAGCGCUUCUGAGUGCAUUUUCAUGGCGAGGAACUUUAAGAGGAUUUGCCCUUCUCUACGUUAUUUGUGGAUUGUGUUCUUUUGUCUUUGUGCCUCUUGACAAAGCAUUAGAAAAAGAUGCCGAAAACCUAACAACGAAACCAAGACAAAAGGAAACGAGAUGUCAACCCUUACAUAAAAAUGGUUUCUUUAUUAUUUUUUCGAUUUCACUGAUUAUUGUUUCUUUGGGAUACUACGUUCCAACUGUCCACAUAGUGAGUACAGGAUUUUCCUUCUUCUCCUCCUUCAUUUACAAGCAUUUCAACAUUAAUAUCGUAAUACUUGGCAGUUUAUCCAGCUUAACCUAAGGUGCUAAUUGUCUCAACGAAUAAUCAAGACGGCUGUAAGUGCAACUAUUGCUGGUUAACGCAGACACAUUUUUUAAUGUUUUUUUUCAUAUCGCGAUACUGGCGGCAGUCUAUUCAGUUAGGUGGGGCACUAAUUGUUUCAACUAUUAAAGAACAGUCUUCUUCUUCGAUGUCUUCUUCUAGUUCGAGUUAAAGUAUGGACUGUCUGCCAAAAAUAGUGGCUGUUGUAGAGAGGUGACGUUUACUGGAGGUUGGACUGUAUGCCAGUACAAAAAUUGGCGGUUAUAGAAGAUUAUGAAAUUUUUAUUUUCCUUAAUUUUAUUUUUAAUUACUUUCAUCUCGUUUCGAGCAGCGAAUUUUAAGAAGGGCCUCUAUAAUAUAAUUUGGAGUAGCUCAAGUGCCCUUUCUUUAAGAAAAAGAUUUUCCAUGCUAAUUCGCAUCAUUUUCUGCAGUUUUGAUCGUCCUUGGCCAGUUCAACUUAGUUCAUAACAAGUAUGCAGAAGUGUAUGUUAUCAAAAUACACCCCUCCAGAUUGGGUAAUUAGUAUUCAAAUUACAUCCCAGGACUAAUAACGUUCGUUUCUAAUAAACGACGAUCACUGAGCUGAGCAUUGCCUAAGCAGCUUUGUGGAAAUAACAUCCUGUCUCCUUCCCCAGAGCAAUUAAGAUGGAGUAAAGAAUUAUGUUCUCUUUUUGUCUUUGUUUUCAACAGAUCAAACAUUGUCAACAAGAGCUCCAUAUCUCUGGGGAAAAGUCAUCUAUGUUGUUCAUUUAUUUGGCUAUAGCAUCAUUCUUCAGUCGCCAUAUCUUCUGCACGCUGGGCGACUUCAGAUGCUUCAACAGAUUUCAUCUCUAUCAAGUGGCAAUGACCAUCAGUGGAUUGUGUGUUAUAUGCCUGCCGCUUGCAAAAUCAUUCCACUCCAUUGCUGCAAUUUUCAUUGUGUUUGGACUCAUGGAAGGUGCUCAAAUGGGUCAGUUGACUUUGCUGGUUUUGGAAUGCGUUGGAAACGACAAGGUGAACCAAGCAUGGGGUUACCUAAUGCCCUUUUUAGGACUGAGUGUUGGUAUCGGUCCUCCGCUUGCUGGUGAGUUGAAAACGUGAAUCUAAUUUAUCGCCCAGAAUUGGGCGACAUGCAUCCGGGAUCUUUUGCACGCGCUAGCGCGAAAAUGAAAAUUCGUUCUAGAUAACAAAGGGUAAAACAAAAGAAAAUGGCCUCAGACCGACUAUCAGGACGCAAAUUAAGCGGCUUUGGGAGCUUUCUACGUUAGUUUCGUUUUAGUUAGCGUAUGGCUUUUGUAGAUAAGUUAUAAACUAAGGGAAUAAGGGUUUUCGUGGUGUUAUAACUGUAAUAGAACCUGUUUGAUUUUCUCUUGAAAAUAACCUGUUUUUAUGCAGUUUUUGGAAGGGGGGUGAGUAUACGAGAGGAAAACGAGAAUAUCCCGCUUGACAGUGUCGCCUGAUAGCAAUUUUAAUUUAAAAAAGGUGUUUGUGGUUUCUCUGUCAGGAAACAUAAUUUUGCUAUGUACCCCGAGGUGGGCUGCUUUUUAAAGCCCCACGAUAGGGUUUUGUAUGAAUUUGCUGGCCCCACCGUAGGGCAUUUGCAGUUUUCCAAAGAAAACACUGGCAAUCACCGGAAAAAAUUUAAAAGAAAAAUGAAAAAGGUUACAUUGGGGUGUCGCGAUGAUAUUUGACCAUUCUUUUCUUUGCUUACAACUCAUUGGUUAUUAUUAAAAUUUCUUCUGCAGGUUUAAUGGCGGACAGGUUUGGCUCGUAUACCCCAUCGUUUUAUACCGCUGGGGCAGUUGUAACAGUCGGAGCGUCGAUUACAUCACUUAUGAUGUUUGCAAAAAAGCAACCUGAAAACUAUGACGUGAAGCAAUCUUAUGACGAAGAACAUCUGUUUGUUAAAGGGCAACUUGAAAACUUUGACGCGAAGCAAUCUUACGACCAAGAAUUUCUGGUUACAGAAAAAGUAACUGUCCUUUGA